AUGAUCUCUCAGGCUUUCAUUUUGUCUGCUUUGGCAGUGGCUGCUUUUGCAAGCCUGCAUCAUGAACCCAUUCACCAUCCCCAACCUUUCAAAUUCGGCUACAGCGUAAAGGACAAGCACGGUGAACAGCAUCGUGAAGAAGUCGGUGAUGGCAAGAACGUGAAGGGAAGCUACGGAUUCACCGACGCCAGGGGAAUCAAACGACAGGUCAACUAUGUUGCUGACCACGGAGGAUUCAGAGCUGAGGUCAAGACCAACGAACCUGGAACUGCCAACCAGAACCCAGCAGCCGUCCACAUCAUCUCCGACGCUCCCUACGGACAUGGAGGAUAUGCUGGAGCUGCAGGACUCGGAUACGCCGGAGUUGGAGGUGCAGGAUUGGGAUAUGGAUACGGUGGUCUUGGAGCAGUUGGUGUAGGAUACGGCAAUGCAGGACUUGGUGGAUAUGGUGGUCUUGGAUAUGGAGGCUAUGGCCUCGACAACGGACGUUUUGGAGGUUUAGGUUACUCACGAUAUGGUUUUUAA